UGUCAUUUUACUUCCCAUUCUGAUAACGUGUGUGGUGUUGUAGUGCGUUGCGUCGAUUUGUUUGGAGUUUAAUUGUUUUAUAUUUAGUUUUAAGUAGUCGCAAUUAUGUUAAAUCCUUCUCGUUUUUUGUCCAAAAGUGGACGAUACCUUACUUCCAUCUCCCAACAUAACUUUAAGUCCUACAAAUCAUUGUUAUUUUCUACAAAAGCACAAAAGAUCGAAGGUCAAAUUACAAUAGGUGAUGUAACCAAAGACAUUCAAACUCCGGCAAAUCCCGAAUUGGUUCCAAAGAAAUAUGUGCAAUAUAAUAAAGAUGGAUCCAUUCAGUUGACUCAAUCAGCUCUGCAUCAUUUACGAUGGAUGCUCCAAAAGGAUGCCCUUAAACAAGAUAUGUUUUUGCUUGGCUACCCUGGACCACUGCGUCGAAAUAUUGCAAUGCAAUUUUCUGAAUUGACACAAAGGGAAUUGGAAUAUAUUGCAUUGAGUAGAGACACAACAGAAAGUGAUCUCAAGCAAAGACGAGAAAUAAAAAACAAAGGCGCUGUUUAUUUUGAUCAGUGUGCUGUGAGAGCAGCUUUAAAUGGUCGUCUACUUAUUCUGGAUGGAGUUGAGCACACCGAACGAAAUGUUCUUCCAAUUUUGAACAAUUUGCUUGAAAAUCGGGAAAUGCAUUUGGAAAAUGGAAAAUUUUUAAUGGCACCUGAGCGGUACGAUGCAUUACGAGAAACAUACACAGAAAAACAACUAGAAGAAUUGGGACUGUUGCGAGUUUCCGAAAACUUCAGAGUUAUUGCACUUGGCUUACCAACUCAGAAAUACAAAGGGACUCCUCUAGAUCCGCCACUGAGAUCACGAUUUCAAUCUAGAAAUGUGACACAUUUCACAUUUGAGGAAAUGCUUUCUUCUCUCAAAAACCAUUCACCUAAAGCCGAUGAAGAGAAACUGAAAUCCUUAAUUUCAUUCGGUUUAGCAAUACAUUCAGCAGAUUCAUCAGUAAAUCUUCCAGAUUUUCCCUUAGAUAAUCUUCACUUAGUUGCUAAAAUGUUGAACAGCAAUCCUACAUUGAGUGUCCACGAAUGUAUUACAGCACUUUAUCCAUAUCAAACAACACUAAAAAAAGAACUUAACGAUCGUGUUAUAAAUCUACUUGAUUCUUUUAAAAUUUCUAACAGAAAAGUUGCAAGUGUAAAAGAAAUUAAUGUUGCAACAAGUUCAGGUGAUUCUGUUGAUUUGAACAUUGAUAGUGUACAAAUAUCAGUGCCAGGUGGAAGCAAACCUCAUGAAUUCAAAGGUUUCGUCAAUUUAGAUCAUCAAAGAGGAAUUCUCUCGUCAAUGAUACAAAAAUAUGCUGUGGGUGAUGUUUGUUUAAUUGGACAAAAAGGUGUUGGCAAGGCUACUCUGACAAAUCAAAUGAUGCACCUGCUUAAUCAAUCAGUCGAACCCAUGGUUCUCUACGAAGAUAUGACCUCCCGCGAUCUUGUUCAACAACGAAUAACAACAGCCGAAGGUGAUACCGUUUGGCGUGAUUCUCCUUUGGUGAGAGCUGCAAAAACUGGAUCGGUCGCGAUCUUAAAUGGCAUUCAAAGGCUUCACAAGAGCACUGCUUCUGUGAUACAAAGACUAAUUCACGAUCGUGAGUUACAACUUUGCGACGGAACUAUGAUGCUGCGAAGCGAUCGCUAUGAAUCACUACUUGCUGAGGGCCUUACCCAAGCCGAACUUGAAUCAAAGAAUAUUAUUAAAAUUCAUGAUUCAUUCCGUCUAAUUGCUUUAGCUGAACCACCAAAUCUAAAUGCCAGUGGACAGAAUUGGCUUACUCCAGAAAUGCUUAGUUUGUUUCUAUUUCAAGAAGUUCGACCCUUGCAUCAGAGUGAGGAAUACGAGAUUAUCUCUAAACUUUAUGGAAAUAUUGAUGAAAAUAUUCACAAAGUUAUCAAACUCUCACAUAUUCUUCGUGAAGCUUCCGAUCCGAUUUUGAAAGAUCUCUCUGGAACCCUGUCGACUAGGCAGCUAUUAAAAAUCGCCCGACGCAUGUCCAUCUAUCCAACAGACGAUCAUAUUAAAAAUCCAGUCAAUUCAGUUUACGAUAUCAUUCAGAAUACAUUCCUUGCGAAAUUUCUACCUGCACUUCCUCGAUCAGCGUUAGAAAAUGCCAUCCGAGAAGCAGGAAUCAAGAAACCAAAACGAACAUCUUCAGGAGAGAAACGGUCCAUUGUUGUGGAUGACAAAGUUCUACGAAUUGGAAAAACAGAAAUGCAAUUAGUUGCAACUGAAGACGAGAGUAAAAUUCCAAGCACUUUGUUCUAUGAUGUUCCACAGCAUGUUGAGCUUCUCGAGAGAUUGCUUCAGGACUUUUUAAUUGGAGAUCAUCUUCUUUUGGUUGGUAAUCAAGGUGUAGGCAAAAAUAAACUCAUUGACAAGCUUUUGCAACUUAUGAACAAGCCAAGAGAGUAUCUUCAGUUGCACAGAGACACAACCGUUCAUAGUUUGACUGUUCAGUCGACAUUACGCGAUGGACAGGUGGUCUACGAAGAUAGUCCUUUGGUCAAGGCAGUGAAAAACGGGAAUAUCUUGGUCAUUGAUGAAGCUGACAAGGCUCCAGUUAAUGUUACCUGUAUUCUUCGAACUCUAGUCGAGAAUGGAGAGAUGAUUUUAUCUGAUGGAAGAAAGAUAGUUCCUUCAGGAAGGGGUUCAAAUGAUAUUGGAAUCAUUAAAACUCAUCCCAACUUUAGAGUAAUUGUCUUGGCUAAUAGACCUGGUUUUCCAUUUUUGGGCAAUGAUUUCUUUGCAUCUCUUGGAGAUGUAUUUAGUUGCCAUGCAGUUGAUAAUCCAUCUCCAGAUUCUGAGAUAUUCCUUCUUCAACAAUACGGACCAUCGGUGCCUAAAAAAACUCUAUCAACUUUAGUCAAUGCAUUUGGUGAAUUAAGAAACAUGGCUGAUGAGGGAUUACUCAAUUAUCCUUAUUCCACUCGUGAAGUUGUAAAUAUUGUCAAACAUUUGGAACGAUUUCCCAAUGAAUCCAUGUCAGAGUUGGUUGGAAAUGUUCUCGAUUUCGAUAGAUAUUCUCCAGAAGCUUUGGAACAAGUUACAACAGUGUUGGCCAAACAUGGUCUUCAAAUUGAAUCUUAUGCUAAGAAUGAACUGUUUGCAUUGCGAAAGAAGAAGGAACUUCAAUUGACUGUUAAUCGGACAAGUGGUUUGGAUGUGUCUGCGCCAAAAUAUGGUAAAGUUGAUCCAAAGAAUGAACCGCAUGUUGGUGGUAAUACUUGGGCUGGUGGUACUGGUGGACGUGAUACAGCUGGAUUGGGUGGAAAAGGUGGUCCAUUUCGUCUAGAUGCUGGUCAUAAAGUUCAUCAGUUGUCAGAUGAGGAGAAAGAUGAUAUUCCUGAAGAAGUCAAACGAGCGGCCAUGGAGAUGAAUAGAAAAGCUUUUGAACAAAAAUUGAAAGAAAUUAAAAUGUCCAAACAUGAUUAUAGUAUGUAUGCUCAGUUUAGUGCUCCAAUUCGGAAGCAGGUGCAGCAAUUGAAAGCGAUUAUGGAUGCUUUGCAAACUAAGAGCAAGGAACGUCAGUGGCAGAAGUAUCAAACACAUGGGGAAUUGGAUGAUACUCGAUUGAUUGAGGGAAUAACUGGGGAGAAAAAUAUAUAUAGGAGGCGUGCGGAGGCUAAUCCUUGGGCAGAUCAUGUUCAAGAAAAACCAAAUCGAUUGAAGUUGGUUGUAGAUGUGUCUGGUUCCAUGUAUAGAUUUAAUGGCUACGAUCAGCGGUUGGACCGAGAAUUAGAAGCUGUUGUCAUGGUAAUGGAAGCCUUCGAAGGAUAUGAAAAAAAAAUCGUUUACGAUAUUGUUGGUCAUAGUGGUGAGGGAUGGGAAGUUCCAUUCGUUUUGGCUGGCAAACCACCAGCUACAGACAAGGAGCGUCUGGAAACGCUUCGAAUGAUGCAUGCACAUUCACAAUUUUGUUGGUCUGGUGAUAACACCGUUAAGGCAACGAAAGUAGCUGUCGAAUCGUUGGCCGAAGAAGAUUAUGAUAACUCAAUAGUAAUUGUAUUGAGUGAUGCCAAUCUUUCGAGAUAUGGUAUUCAUCCUAAGGAUUUGGCUAACGCUUUGAAGAAGGGUGAUCCGAAGGUGCGAGGGCAUGUGAUAUUUAUUGGCAGUUUAGAAGAGGAAGCUGAUUUUAUAAAUGCACAAAUGCCAGCUGGACACAGUUAUGUUUGUAUGGAUUUAUCUACGUUGCCACAGAUCCUUAAGCAAAUAUUUACCUCAUCAUUGAUGUAAAAUUAAAUGAAUUAAGAUUACUUAUUGUAAAAAUGUAGUUAAAAUAAUAAUAUUUAGGGAAGAUUUCUAAUUAUAAAUGUAAAAAGUUUUAUU